AUGAUUAUACAUAAGAUAAAUUGGGUUAUUAUAGGAUUCGUACUGGGUUUAUUCGUAUUGGGCUACAGGCAAGUUAAGUGUAGCAAUGCUAGUGGUAGCGAUGGUAUUAAAAAAGAUACAGCUGAUUGCACUAGCGACAGUACUGUUGUCGUAAAUGCUAAUAGUGCUGGUGUUGGUGUUGGUGUUGGUGAUAAUAUUGGCCUAGGUGGUACAGAUGAUACUGGUGUGGGCGGUGCUGGUGAUACAGAUGAUACUGGCGUGGGCGAUGCUGUUGUAGUCGAUGCUGGUGUGGAUGAUGCUGUUGUAGUCGAUGCUGGUGAUGCUGUUGUAUGCGAUGCUGGUGAUGCUGGUGUGGAUGAUGCUGUUGUAUGCGAUACUGGUGAUGCUGUUGUAGUCGAUGCUGGUGAUGCUGUUGUAUGCGAUGCUGGUGAUACUGCUACAGAUGCCAUUUUAGAUGGUGUAAAAGAUGCUGAUGCUGUAGAUGCUAGUCUUUGGCGUGCUCGUUUUGAUUCUAAGGGCCGGCGGAUUAUAGAUAUGACUGAAGUACUUAGUUUGGAGGAGCUAGGCGAUGAAUUGAAGUUUCCCUGGGCAAUAGAUCUACUAAACCGGCUGGAAAGUGGCCAAGCUAGCGGUACUGUUUAUUUUGGGGAAGAUGGCGAUAAUGCCCGUAUUGGUUAUAAUGAGGGCAAAGAUUUGAGAUACUUUAAAGGAAUUGGAUUCUAUAGUCUCUUAUCUGGAUCAGAUUUGUUUCACCAGGUUAAGGUAGCUGCUUCACUACUUAAACGCAUGUUUACAAAGAAGGGAGUUAAUAGUGAUGAUCUUAGUCCAAGUGAUGUACUAGAUGUUGUUUUAAUUUAUACUAAUUUAGAUCAGAACAUAAACAUUGUCCAAACAAGUGAUGAUAUACUAGUUAAAGAGUUGCAUAUUCAAUUUAUCGAAAAUCUCACUCGAGGCAUUACCAACUAUUACACUAAACAUGGCAGCAUCCAAGCUUUCUCUGAUUCUAUGGAAGUAGCUGUACUAGACUCAGAAUCACAUAUUAAGUGCGGUGCAUCUCGAACUGCUCUACAACACCGCCGAUCAGCUAUGGGACAGAAAUGCUCUUUUGCCGACACCUAUUCUAGGUCACUAAUUAUCGACCAAGAAUCUCUCGACCUCUUCCGAGCAAGUCCUCUUAUAAACUACCUACACCCACUUUCUCUUGAUCUUUACCAACACGGCCUCAACUGCCUCUAUAAUGGAGAGACCAAUCUAUUCACCAUAAUCAAGCACAACCAAGCUGUUAGUCCCGUUCGACCUACCCUCAACCCAACCAAUCUCAAGCUCUCUUUCAAAGCAGCGGUCCGUCUAAGAUAUGCCACCAAUGCCCAGAACUACACAGUAAUGGCCACCGAUGAAGACUUUCAAACCUUCCUAAACGUCCUUUCCAAGCAUGCCCCCCAAGAAAGAGGCGAUUAUCACAGCUAUCUAAACGUCUUCAAACGCCACUCUAUACUCGACGCCGAUAUUAUCAGGAAACAUUGGGACGAAGAAGAACGUGACUCAGACCGGCUAGACGAUCCACCCCAACGAUCCACUCUCAUUCAAACCAUCGCUUUAUCGCUAAUUACUCUAACCACCGGUUUUGUAGUCUUCAUCCUAACCCAAGUCAGCAUUUUACUCUCUUCCUACCCCAUACUAAUCUAUACUAUGCCAAUCAUCAUUAUUUCCAUCGGUCUAGCUAUCGCUCUUCUCUUACUCUUCUUUAUCUACCCUCCCUCCAACCAAUCACGCAAAUCCCACUCUUGGCAGUAUCUUACUAUCGUCCGAGUCGGUCAAUACUGCCUCUUCGGCCUAGUCUUAUGUCUAGUUACAGCCGGUGUUUUCAUCAAUCUAGCCUAUCCACCGACUCUCACAUUCACCCAAACCGAUCCAGCUAUCCCCGCUACUCUUAUAACUCUAUUAUACCACAUACUAGCUGGCACUUCUAUUCUCGGCUGUCUUAUCAUUCGAGGUUUAUUCACCCCGCGCUGGCCAACUCUACCAAGAUACAGUUACUGGCUACUUUACGUUUUAUCCUUCAUCUUUAUUAUCUCCAUCCCUAUCCUUACUCUUCUCGACCUAACUGCCUAUGCCCAACUACUUCUCAAUACUCGUAUUUUGCUUAUUUCCGCCCUCCUCUUUACUGCUGGAGCCUUCAUUGAUGUCUUCGGCCGUUGGUUCGAUAAAGAACGUACAGAACAUCUCAAGCCAAGGCCAACUCAACUUAUCCUUCGCAAGCUCAUCAAAAUCCUCCUAGUCCUCCUGGUCCUAGCAGCCGCCUACACUCUAACCAUCUGGACCAGCAAUCGCCACAACCUCCUAACCCAGCUACCCUCUUAA